AUGAGUCCUGCGUCUAUGAUGGGACGUAUUUUUAAGGCGGAGUAUUUUCCUCAUUCCGGAUUCCUAUAUGCACAAUUGGGGUCUAAUCCAUCACUGAUUUGGAGGAGCAUUUGGAGUGCUCGGCGGAUAUUAGAAUUGGGCCUUAGGUGGAAGGUGGGUUCGGGAGUGAAGAUUAACAUUUGGAAUGACUUUUGGUUGCCAGACCCAUAUUUGGAAAAAAUCAAGUCUGCUCGGGUGAGCUCUGUUGAGAGAGUUUCGGAUCUUAUUAUGCCUAAUAUGAGGGUAUGGAAUGAACCUUUGAUUGAUUCCAUUUUUUCCCCUGAAGAGGCGUUUCUUAUUAGAAACAUUCCAUUAUCAUCUUUCCCCCAAGAGAAUCGAGUAGUUUGGGGUGGGGAAGGAUUGGGUAUCUAUAUUGUUCGCAGUGGAUAUAGACUUUUGCUUCAGACCCCAAAUUUUACAAUAAGGGAACAUACGUUGUUUAAACAGAUUUGGGGACUUUCAUGCCCCCCAAAAAUUAAAAUCGCUCUGUGGAAAUUUGUUAAUGCCUAUGUGCCAACUAAGUCCAGUUUGUAUGAUAAACGCAUAGCAAGUGAUCCAACUUGUCCUAGGUGCCAUCUAGAUGUGGAGAACGUGAAUCACGUCUUUCGUUUAUGUGUUUUUGCGAGAGACGUUUGGGUAGCUUUGGAGUAUACUACUCCAGUGCAUGUGCUCAAAUGA